UUGAAGAAGUACAGAGGAGCCGUGGAGAUGUCUCGUAAGAGCCCUUUUGCCUCCUGGCUUUGUGCUAUGCUCCACUGCUUUGGAAGUUACAUACUUGCUGAUCUGUUACUUGGAGAAUCACCUAUUGAUUACUUCAGUAAUAACUCCAGUGUCAUCCUGGCCACAGCAGUCUGGUAUUUGAUAUUCUUCUGUCCCAUGAACCUCUUCUACAAGUGUGUUAGCUUUCUGCCUGUGAAGCUCAUCUUUGUGGCCAUGAAGGAGGUGGUCAGAGUUCGCAAAAUUGCGGCUGGGGUUCACCAUGCUCAUCACCGUUACCACCACGGGUGGUUCAUUAUGAUGGCUACUGGAUGGGUCAAAGGUUCUGGUGUUGCCUUGAUGUCUAACUUCGAGCAACUGCUGCGUGGGGUCUGGAAGCCAGAAACAAACGAAAUUCUUCAUAUGUCCUUCCCUACAAAGGCUAGUCUGUAUGGCACAGUCCUCUUCACUCUGCAACAAACUCGCUGGCUCCCUAUCUCUGAAGCCAACCUCAUCUUUUUUUUCACCAUGUUCAUGAUUGUUUGCAAGGUUUUCAUGACGGCAACUCACUCUCACGCCUCACCUUUUGCUCCAGUGGAAAGCUUCAUCUGCCCAGUUUUCUUUGGCUCUGUUUCCAGUGGACACACUAGUCAUCAUCAUCAUCAUCAUCAUCAUCAGCAUGGGGCCUCCCAUGAGGUUUCCCCUCCUCCACCUCCUCCUGCAAAGUCAAAAGAGGAGCUAAAUGAAGGCACAAGGAAACGGAAAGCAAAAAAAGCUGAAUAAAAAAGCAACCACACAGUAAAUAGGCCAAGAGAAUUCUUCCAGAGCUGAGUCUCAAAGCCACCUGUGACCUCCUUUAUCCCCCAGUCCUCCUCUCUCAGACUCCAGAGGAGAGGUGGAAGCCAGGACACUGCCAGGCGGGUCCCUGAAUUUCAUUUGUGCUCUCUGUGCUGCUGCUUGCUUCUCAGUCUCUGUCUCUCUAUUCUGAUAUUUUCAGGGAUUUGUAGAUUUGUGCCAGGAUGGUAAGUGGGUGCCAGUUCCCAAGCUGUCAGCAAUUAUGAUGCAGCAUUUUCAAUUUAUGUAAAAUCUUUCACUGUGUUUAUUUAUGAAUGGAGGUA